AUGAAGAAGAAGGACCUGCUGGAGUCGGCGCCGUGGAGGGGCGAGGAGGACGCAUUCGAGGACGCGAAGCUGAGGGCCACGAGGCCGGGCGGGGGAGGCAACGCGACUAUGUACGUCCCGAAGAGGAAGGCGAGCUCCUCCAAGUCGGCGGAGGUCAACGACGCGUUGGAGAUCGACCCCGAGCUCAGGUACAGUUUCCAGAGGAACUUUCAGGUAAUUUCCCUUCCUCCUCGACUGCCCCCGGUCGGUGCCUUCCAUACCACGCGCCGGAGGAAUUCAUCCUUCUGCCUAUUGUUUUUUUACCGUAUGGUCUCUCAGAAGACUUUGCGUUCAAAUAUCCUGCCAAGUUUCUCCGUUGGAUUUUUGAAGCAAUAUAUGACAAAUGGCCACUAUUCUCCGCGGGAAGAACUGCGCAUCUCGUCGGCUGUCUACUAUUGGGUUUCUUUGAACUACUUGGCAACAUGUUAAUUUAAAAAUAAUUGAAUUAACCACGGCUUAUCGUAAACGAUAAUCGGGCUGUUUUCUGCGAUUGGAGAUGCAGAUAAUGAUCUUGGGUUAUCUCAUGACGAACUAGUUUCCUGAUAUUCCGUCCAUUUUCUCGUCGGCCACUAAGUACUAAACUUACGCAAUAAUGAUCUUGGGUUAUUUCCUGAAACCCCGCAUUUUCUCAUUCUCUUUUUCGGAGAUUGGGCUUCAUCUAGACGAAAUUUAUUGCAGUGGAGGAUUUCUCAGUUUCUUAUUAUAUAAAUGUUCUCGUAGAUUAGUCGAGCUCCCAGAAAAAUGAUUUAUGUUUUGCGUAAUGACUUUAAUCCGAAGAAGGAAUUAAUACGUCAAGGAAGCGGGGAUUGUUGAUGAUUUCUGUAUCUACUACCCUGUUCGUCAGGAAAUUUGGGCUUAUCAUUUUAAUUAGUCAUGAUGUCAUUAUUCACUGUGGUUUUCUUAUGAUUUAUUAACCCAUUUUUCCUAUAUAUUCUGCGCGUAUUAUCUGUCCCAAUAAUGUUGCAUAUGAUUCUGUAAUUUUCUUGGUAUGAUUUCGCCCCCUCUUAUUAUAUUUAUUGCGCUUAUUACGGCUUCUAACUAUAUUUUGCCUUCAUUAGCUAAGUUUUAUACCAUCUUGGCCAUUAACAAUCCCAUUUGAUAGUUUUCUCUUGGCUGCAGUUCAUUCAACGGGUUUUCAGCAUAGAUACCAUCGUGAAACCUCUUCCUCCUGCAAUGGCAUACAACGUCUCUCGCAAUCUGAGCUUCUUCACUCGGAUCUUCACUCAGUUCUUCGGUGAGCCUCAUGCAGCCAUCCCAUCAGCCCUAAUUUUCUAAAGAUGGAGGAAUACUAUAAAAACAGGUGGAACUCAGAAGGAAAGCCACUUGAGGGACUAAAAGACUUAAUCGGGGAAAAAAAUGUUAUGAAAACCUCGGAUAAUAUAUCACCAGAGAGACCCUAUAUUGUUUUCGUAACCGAUUUAGUAUAUUAUCUUGUGCAUCAUCAUAGAGGAAUGGAUGUUAUAGCCCCACCCAAUAUUUCUAAAGAUGGGCAUCGAUCUGAAGAACAGGUGAAACCAAGAUUAAAUACGGAAUUAUGGCAGAAAGUAUGUCAUUAGUAAGGCCCUGAAUUAUUUUGAUCACCAAUUGAUUUAUUUUUUUUCCAGUGGAGCAUUGAACAGAAAGUCUUCAGACUAGUCCUUGACCUAGUGAUCAUGAUGAUAUUUAGUUGGGUAGAAGUUAAACGAAACAUAUAUCUUUUAUUCCGGUUAAAGCAUUUUUUAUUGUUCCAAAUGCCUGACGACUGGGUGCUUCGUUGUGGCAGAUCCUGAGGGCAUUGCUGAUGCUCAGAAGUCCCUGGGGUUGGGCCAGGAGCAGAAGGUUCGCCGUGUCCGUUGA